AUGGAUGUUUUGCUGGAUUUAAUUUGCGUUCUUUUAGUGGUUGAUCCCACAGCAUUUGGCACCAAAGCUUCAUUCAUGAAUGAUAUCGAACGUGAAAACCUUAGAAAUAAGUCGAAGGAGAUGUUUUUCCAUGCCUACAAAAACUAUAUGAAUUUUGCUUAUCCUGCUGAUGAGUUGAUGCCCCUGUCUUGCAAAGGUCGAUACCGAGAUAGGGAAUUACUUCGUGGAACAGUCGACGAAGCCCUCGGAAAUUUCUCUCUUUCGCUCAUCGACAGUUUGGACACACUAUUUUUGCUUGGUGAAUUCGACGAAUUUGAGCGAGCUGUACUCCGAGUGAUUCAUGAUGUUUCCUUUGAUCAGAACGUCGACGUGUCUGUUUUUGAAACUAAUAUUCGUGUUUUGGGUGGCUUGCUCGGUGGCCAUGUUUCGGUUCUAGUCUUGAGAGAGAACGAUCCCAGCCGCGCAUCUUGGUAUAAGGACCAGCUUUUGGACAUGGCCAUUGAUCUAGGAAACCGUCUCCUACCUGCGUUCAAUACAACAACGGGUUUGCCUUACCCGCGCAUAAAUUUGCACACAGGCAAACCACCUCCGCUUGUAAGCUUUUUUCUGCACACCUGCACGGCCUGCGCAGGAACGCUUAUACUAGAAUUCGCUGCCCUGAGUCGCUUUUCUGACAAUCCCAUCUACGAGACGAUGGCUGCCAACGCGCUCUCGUACUUGUGGCAACAACGCAAUCGCUACUCAGACCUCGUUGGAACUGAGAUCAACGUAAGCAGCGGUGAAUGGGUUCGUAGAGAGUCGGGUGUUGGUGCGGGCAUUGAUUCAUACUAUGAAAGUCUGCUCAAAGCCUACGGCCUCCUUGGCGAUCCCGUCUAUCUUCACCGCUUCCAAGCGCACUAUUCUGCUGUUGAGCGUUACAUGGGCGCCCCCGGUACCAAAGCGUUCCCCUUCUCCUUCCUCAGCGUCUUCAUGCACAAGCCUUCAGAACGCUCUCGAUUUUACAUGGACGCUCUUCAGGCGUUCUGGCCCGGACUUCAGGCAAUCAACGGCGACGUGAGCGCUGCGGUUGCGCACCACGAGAUGCUCUUCAUGGUGCAUAAGGAACACGGCCUUUUACCAGAGGCUUUCACUACUGACAUGGACAUUUACUGGCCUCACCAUCUGAUUCGACCUGAACUCGUAGAGUCCACAUAUCUUCUUUACAAAGGCACCAGCGACCCGUACUACUUAUAUGUUGGGGCCGAACUGUUGGAGAGCAUCGAGCGACAUGCCAGGGUGCCCUGUGGGUUUGCGGCUAUCGAGGAUAUCCGAACAAUGAAGCAUUCGGAUAGGAUGGACUCCUUUGUAUUGGCUGAGACAUUCAAGUACUUCUACCUCCUGUUCUCGGAGCCCUCAGAGUUGCCGAUUGAUUUGGAACAGUACGUGUUAACCACCGAGGCGCAUAUUCUCCCUAUCGGCCUACCGAAGCAGCAUCCGCCUGUAGCUGCGCGAGUGGGGUUAGUGGAGGAGGCGGCUGUUUUGCCGCCGGGUUCUCUCGGUCGUGCCUGGGGCGGCACUUGUUUGGCACCUAGUAGACCCAGCACUCUAUGGCGUCUGUUGCAAACUCGUCAGACUACGUGCCGUGCGGAAUCGUGGCGUCAUCACUACCUUGAGGCUAUCCGCCAGCCCCUACGUUCUAUAGCAAAAAGCUUGCGGUCCGGGCAUUCGAUUGGUGCUCACGAUUCCUCUUCUCUUCCUUCAGGCGUCCUCACUCCUGCCUCCUUCAAUGCUAAUAACAUCACUCACCUACAACUGCUUCGUCAAAUGGGUAUUAUGGUAUUAGUAGGAAAAAGUGGCGAAAUUCAACUUAAACUCAAUCGUAAUCAGGCGGAUUCACCGCUCCUUGGACUCUCGGGUUUAAAAUUCAUCGAGGAGAUCAUCGACUUAAAUAACGCCAGAUCACAAGGAAGAUCACUUGGGGAGGCAGUAACAUCGCAGACAAUCGCCCUUAUCCACCCACCACACUUUGGUCGAACACGUUUUGAGGCGGGUCCAUCAAUGUUUACCUUCUACCCUGGCGAGUCCCCAAACAUUACCGAUGCCGCCGCUCCCCUCAUAAAUUCAGAAAUUGAUUGGCAACCCGUCAUGGGUCCCCUUGUCAUAGCGGAACCCUUCGAUGCCUGCACGCCAGUCUACUCGGAUGGUUUCCUCAUUGCUAACGAACAACUCCACGCCGAUCUCGUUGAACCUUCAUUUUACGGAGAUUCCGAGUUAGAUGUAGACAACAAACCAAGAUGCCUGCUCAAGGGUGCCAUCGUGCUUGUCAAGCGUGGUGGCUGCAUGUUCCUGGAAAAGGCAAUAAAUGUAAAACAGAUGGGCGCACUUGGGGUGAUUGUGGUGGACAGUACUCCAGGAACAUCAUCAGCGAGGGAUAAGCUCUUUUACAUGUCGGGCGACGCACCGGACGGCACUCCACCAAAGGAAAUGCUUCAGCUCCCUUUUGUCUUUGUCUUUCAUGAAGAGGGCAGAGCCCUCGUAUCCGCCAUGAGGCGUCGGUGGACGUCGAGUCGGAAACCAGUCCUUGUGAUGAUAGCUAAGCAGAACGACGCCCCAAAAAUAUUGUCGCAAAGCCUUCGAUACUUGGACAGUAUUUCCCAGCCGACAACGGAUGAGCACAACCAAUGCUUUGAGCUCUCUACACAUGUUGAAACAGUAAAAUCUCUGUGUCCUCAGAAGGGAGCAAUUCAAGUUGACGAAACGCGUCUAGAAGGCAAAGACGAGUGGAACAUAACACUGGGCCCAGUAGACGAAACAGAAACCUUCGUUUCGCUGAACGAAACUUCCGGACACAUCACUCCUAGAGAUCCAAGCGCAUGGAUCGAAUUCAUGGACAGAAACUGGCUGACAACAAACCAUGACGAAUGCUGUAAGGAUUUACUGCUUGCCGUCAGCGAGGCAGCCCUCUCGCAGAUUGCCGGAGAUGGUUACCGGAGUGGACGAGCCUCCGUGACAAAACUGAACUAUCAUUGGCGCUACCGUGUUGGCGAGUGUCUCCGUAGCCUACUCACAACAAACUCCACCGUAGACAAUUGCCACAGACCAUACCUCCGACUCAAAUUGACUCUCACACUAACAAACUCCUGUUAG